AUGCCCUGUAAAUUCAAAGACGAGGGAACUCCAGGACGACCAAGAAAGCGACCGCGAGAAGAGAGUGGACGCGAAGAGCGGACAGGGUCCGAUUCUUCAGGCUCCCGCAUCUCGCCCAUUCUACCCGAGGCUACCUUGAGUCCGCAGGAAACUGUCAAUUUGUUGAUGGGGACUGGCGACUUUGAGUCGGUGCCCUGUGGCAUAUCCGGAAAUUGUGGAUUUGACUCCUCGCACUGGGAAAUGCUUGGCAAUGGCGAGAUUUGCUCGGCGCCCCUUGAGACAUGGCAGUUACCGCAGCAGAAUGCCUUGUCGGAGCGAGAGACCGAGGUGCCUCAGAUGGCACUGGAUGCAUAUGCUUCACCUCUCUCAUUUGCACAGUCAUGCAACUGCGACGAGGAGGUAUCGAGCAUUGUCGGGAAUUUGAGUCGGGCGAAUAUGUCGCACGAUAUCCUCCCAACGCUUCGGAGAGGAGUUUCGUUGACCGAGAGACUACUCACAUGUUCAAUUUGCUACGACGUGUCAAAACCGCCUCGUCAGACCGUUCAGAACGUACUUCUCAUCGGUCAUCUCAUGUUCGAGAUCACAUCCAGCUAUCAGAAGUAUCUCCGAUGGCUGAACAAACACUGCACUGCCCUUGAUGCCAGAAACGAGAGUCGGACCAUCUACCUCGAUUCGGGGAUAGGGAUGGCGCCCGAGCUAAAUCUGCAGAUCAGUGGCGAGAAGUUCCGCGAUCUCGUCGUACACGGCUUACAGGUUGAUGCCGAGCGGCUAUCGGUGUUGGGGAAGAGCUUUGCGCUGCGGCAGCGAAAUCGCCACAUCGUUGGACAUGAAACUUGCCCGGAUCCAGAAGGAAAUUGUCGCAGAAAGGAGUAUGGUAUUGAUCAUGAUCCACUGGACCUCUGUCCUCAAAACUCUGUUGCGCGAAAGUUGAUUCCCUGCUUUCGUAUUGUUGAUGAAGUGCGGCAGAUGGUCGACCAAGUCGCUGCUGCUGUUGCAUGA